UGUCUGGAUUUCAGAAACUUGAAACUGCACCUGACUAGCCCUGAAAGAAGAAUUAGAAUAAUGCAAUCUAUCUCAAGUAUGUAACAGUAGGUGAUUCUGAUCAAUGAAUUCAUUUACAAGCAACUUCACAGUAUAUGGUUUGCUAGGCUGGUUAUAGGACGAAAGCAUCGUGCCACGGACCACAGUGGCUACAGAGGGCUUGGACAUGGCCACAUCAGACAAACUACUUGGCACCUAAGGUCAGUGGGGAUUCCAACCUCAUCACUUACAAGUGCUCCAUAAAACUUUAAAGACAUCUAAAAAAAUGAACACUGCUCUUGUCUUCAAAUCAAUGCAAAAUCAACACAGAGCUAAAAUGCCAAAACUGGUGGCACGCUGCCUUUUCUCCUGUAACUGGGAAAGCUGAAUUAAAUUAAAUGAGUGCUUUUCUGGGAAACAUGUCGGGCAUUUUUCACAUAUGUUCAAAACAUUGAAAGCUGUCUAGACUAUUCCUAUGAAUUCUUCCCUGGCAGAAACAGAAUACUUGAUAAAGCAGCUAAAGUCUUACAGAAUGAUAUUUGUGUUGUACUGAAUACAUAGCUUUGUCUACUCCAAACUUGUCCUGGUGAAGUCGACAGCAAGCCACAGUUUUGUGUGAAUUGUAUCAAACAAAACCUCGUCUCCUAAGUACUGCAGUAAGUACUGCAUUAGGCACAAGAAAAUCAGUUACCCAGUUCCUCCAGACACCCACUCAAACCUUUUCCCAAGAUUUUUUUAAUACGUGGUAUUCUGUUGCAAUAUCUGGCAAAAUCACAUUAUCUAUUUUUAUACGAAUGGAAAUAAAGCUGCUUGGUUAUUGUUGGUAUUCUUUGCUUCCUGUUCUGAAAGUGCAUUUCAGUUUCAAGCAAGGACUGGAAGCACUAAGAAUUAAAUACACUCCUACACAUUUAUCAAGAGAAGUGUUCAUAAGGUGAUUUCUUCUCUUUUAAAGGACGGAGAGGAUUCCUUGGCUGUUCUGUACUGGAAGCAUAAGAUGUCCGAGUAAAGACAAUGUCACUAACUGCCAAUAAGAACCUGAAUGAGACACUGAGGAGCUGGUAAUACAAGAAAGGUUGCGACAAAAGUUAAUCAUAUUAAAUAAGCGGCUUUGAUUAAAACUAACAGAAGUGAAUAACCGAGCCAUUUUGGUAAGAGGAAGCCAGGAAACUUACUGGAUCUUUUCAAAACUCAUCUGCUUUUCAUUUGGUACAACUCACUCCUUUCAAGAACACCCCAACUUUUCAGCUUUUGAUAGUAUUAUUAGUCAAUUAAAUGAUAAAUGAUAAAAAACCCACUUGCCUAUGGAGCACCGUUUCAACAACAGAUUGCGUCCUGCAUAAACAAAUGCAAACAGAAUUUAUUAGAUUCUAAAUAGACAAACUCAGCAAAGAAUCAACUAGAGACUCCAAAAGUAAAAUUACAUUUAUUUCUCACACAGAAAUACCCCAAAUGCUUUAUAAGCUGCUAUGCAAAUUGUAUGGGAAAACGUAACCCACCACUGAACAGAACUGCUCCUUGCCACGGAACACAGCAAACAGCUCACAAUGGACAAGGCCAGCCACCAGAAAUUCUGCCAUGGGAGAAGCAGCCUUGCUCAACGUGCUUGCUGAAUUACCGCAGACAGCAAUUACCGCUGCUUUGCACUGCUCCUCAGAUACGCUUUGUGCUGCUGUAUUAUCUGGGAGGGCUGAAGAGCGCAGUGCUGCCGUCCCAUCUGCUCUGCAGGGAGGGACUGGAGCUCCCAGAACCAUUCCCAUCAUCACAAGCCUGGGAUCAGCCGCAAGGAGACAGUCCCCACCAAGAGAGGGACAACACGGUCAUAAAAUUACACAGCCCUUUCUGAGAUGAUCGUCUCACUGUAGCUACACGAUGCAUCCUCAGGCUUCAACAAAUCACUGAGAAACCAGUGACUAAAAAAUCAGGAAGGUGCAAAACAAGUUUACUACUGGCUAGAAGAGGUUUAUCUUUGGCAUCAUCCACAACAGGCACACCACCUACCCUGCUGCCGAGCUGCAGGCUUAAAAUAACAAAAAAAUCCAUGCUCUCUCAACACAAAACUCCGGUCAUUGCUGUUCAGGCAUUUCUUUGAAGAACAAAUAUAAAUGUUUGCCAAUAGCAGUGUUUUCCAAAUUUCUAAGAACACGGAUGAAUAUCAGUAUGAUCGAUCACGUACAGGAAAAACAGACACAAGCAAUGCUGCGCUGCCGUGAGAGCACGAAGAUGCUCCAAGUGCCUCGAGCUUCAUCUGCUUAAGGACUGAAAUGAACCAAGCACACGGAGGGGAGAUGAAUUUACAGCAACCUUUGUACAUUCCAUUCCGAUAGCUGAAAGCUAACUAUAGGGUUGUAUAGAAUUCACUGUGCCAUUUUCCACUCCUCUUAGCAACAAGUCUCAGAAAAAUUAAAAAUCUCCUUAAAACAAAUUUCUGCUUUGUCUGCGUGUCAGUAGGGAUCCAUUUACUAAAGGUAAGGACACUUAGCUGACAAGACAAAAACUGCUUUAAAAUUAAAUGUUUUUCACUCUCAUUUUGCUAAUUACAUUGAUGUGAACUGCAGCCAACACAUCAGGUGCACUGAGUGCGCCGUACCCAUCCCGUGCACUCUCCUGACUCCUCACUCCUCCUUCUGCAGGCUGACAAGAAGAAUGCCACAGCACUUUACAAGGCACGAGUACUACUGAACAUUACACCUUAUGCAGGUUGGUUUUUUUUGUUUGUUUAGCUUAGAAACUUCUGCUGGGCUCAGAGCAAAGAGCACAGCAGCCGCAGCAGAGCGGGACGUGGGGCUCAGGGCCGCAGCCACAGCCCAGCAACGCCCAGCUUCCUUCAUGACAGGACACUCGCGACUUUGUUCAGACACCCACGUAUCAUCUCCCAGCUUUACAUUUUCUGUUUAGCUGCCAGGUUCCACUCUAGGGUUGCAAGGAGGGACGCCAGCCUACUCCAAACCCUGCAGCCUGACACCCGGGGGUCUAUCCCUGCACAUGGGGGACCCCGACGUCCCCCGGCCCCCCCCGGCCUGCGCUGAGGGGAGGAGUGAGGCGGGAAGGGGACGCUCCAAGGGGAGGAGGGACAACUUUAGAAGUCUCCAUAUGUCUUUUCCUUUCAGGAAACACAUCCUGUUCAUGUUUGACUGCCGUGGCAGCGGCUCUGUUUGUUGCAGUCGACUACGCCCUGAGGCUCACCAAAAACAGCCACAAAAACAGCCAUUUCCUCCGCGUGGAGAGGUGGGGGGGUGGAGGGGCAGACCUUUUCCUCACAGCAGUCUGCGCUCCAGCCCCCGCCACUCGCAGCUCUGGUGGUCAGCGAGACGCAGCGGAGCAAAUUCCUCAGGAUACUCCAAGCUUUCCUAGCUCCUUUGGGAUGAAAACAUUCGUCUGGAGUUCAGCUGGGCUUUAAGAAUGAAAUUCGUCAGCAUUCGUGGGAUAUUCUGAAGUGCGCAUCCGAAAGAGGCUGCGAGGAUCCCGCGCCCCUGGGUGCGCUGGGCGGGCUGGGGCACGCUGCUGGCCGGCACCCAGCGCCCGCGCUCUGCCCGCAGCCUGGAUCCCCGCUGCGCCUGCCUCGGCUCACAGGGAAUGGACCUCCCUGUCUUCCAGUUCGUCACCGGCCUGGCACUGCUCAUCAAAGUGCAAGAAGGUGGAUAAGCCAAAGCUGGGAGGGACAGAGACUUAAAUAAGCUUCUUGGUGUUCUUAUUUUAUGGAAUUAUCCUACCUACCUCACAAAAUUCUCAUUUGCUUCGUCAGAAACACCUCUGGAGUUGACUUUGAGAAUGAACGGUGAUGUCCUCUAGCCACUCAUAACAUCCUAUCGAAGCUGCCUCCAUUUCAAGUCCCUUUUCAAUGUGCUGCAGCUGACUGAGACCUUGCGUCUUCUGCAAAUAGAGACUGGCAGCGAGCUGACAGUCAGAUAUGACUGUCCAGAAACUGGUAGCCACAGCUGUGUUGGUAGCCUUGGUCUCACUUAUUCUUAACAACGCGGCUGCCUUUACUCCUAACUGGGUUUACCAGACCCUGGAAGAUGGGCGUAAGCGCAGCGUGGGGCUCUGGAAGAUGUGCUGGCUGGCAGAGAGGAGCAGGGCAGGUGCGAGCACGAGCACCAGGCACGGGCAAGGGGAGGAGCGCGAGUGCGAAGCCCUGGGCUGGGGCUCAGAGUCAGCCGGGUUCCAGGAGUCUCGCAGCACUGUCAAACUGCAGUUUGACAUGAUGCGAGCCUGUAACCUCAUCGCUACUGUUGCUCUGACUGCUGGCCAGCUCAUCUUCGUCCUGGGUCUGGUGGAGAUACCGGUCAUUUCUCAGGAUACCCAGUGGUGGGAGGAGGCCAUAGCUGCUGUGUUCCAGCUUGCCAGUUUUGUUCUGGUCAUUGGAUUGGUGACUUUCUACCGCAUCGGACCGUACACCAACCUCUCAUGGUCCUGCUACCUGAACAUUGGAGCCUGUCUUUUGGCCACACUGGCAGCUGCCAUCCUCAUAUGGAACAUCCUUCAUAGGCGUGAGGACUGCAUGGCGCCGCGGGUCAUUGUCAUCAGCCGUACCCUGACCGCUCGGUUUCGCCGGGGCCUGGAAAAUGACUACGUCGAGUCACCGUGCUGAAAGCAUGGACUUGAAAGGGGAAAGAUCUCCAGGGAGAUCUGCAUUGGUGUUUUCUAUAAAUAUAUGCUAUAAUUUAAAACUAAGGGUUGAAGGACAUCACAAAGCUCACUCCUGUGGGCAGAGGCCCUCAAUUGUUAUUUGGAUGGGCUCCAUCUAUAUAUAUAUGUAUAAAACAUAUAAUUUUAUAUAUAUAUUAUAUUGCCCUCUUCCUCUACUGUACAGCGCAGAAUAUUGGAUUGUCAGAAUCCUGACAGCAUCACAGCUACAUGUCAGCAGGCGCAGCCGGAGCAGACAGAUGCAAUUAGACUACAGAAAAGAGGCAACUGAACAUUUUCUGUCUGGAUAAAGUUGUCUUGCUCCCUUGAAAAGCUCUGGGUGACCAGUGAUGAUCAGCUUUCCUGUGGAGUUAACAGGCAAUCUGAGAAAGCAGAAAACUCACUGUAGAAUAAGUGAUGAUUUU